AUGUGGAUUAGUCUCUUUAUCAAGCAGUGUAUGUAUGAAAAUGCGUUGCACAGCUACAGCUACAAUUUAAAAGAGCUGCUGCAAUCGUUCAUGACAUCCCUCGCAAUAUGUAGGCAGGAUUAUCUCAUCGCUAAAUAUGAACGUGAGAUGAAAGAGUCUCUCCUGCAAUUGCUCGAGAUUAUCUCGGCUUUGAACUUCAUGAUACAACAGACAAAAAGGUACGAGAAUGUGACAGAAAGUGAAUUUGCUUUACAAAUUGCCCAUAGAUUUAUAGAAACUGAACAAAUAAAUACAAUUAAAUUUAUUGCCAGUGGUAAGAAGCAUAGAUUCUUUGGCUGGUUGGCAGUUGAAAAGUGUUGGGACCCUCCAGAUAGUGGUAGCGCAUUAAGUUUGCUCAAAAAAAUAUUUCUACAACCUGAAAAUCAGGAUAAGGUAAAAAUCUAUUGGCUUAUGCCAUUUAUAUCAAUCAUUUUUCUGACACUACUACUUUGUAGUAGAUAUGAUCAACUAUAA